UUUGAAUCAUGCAUCAAAAUGUCCUCAACAGUUGGUAUUAACGGUGUGUUCAGUAUCGCUGUUGAGACACACCCAUUCGUACCUGCUGACCUGCUCUCGAAUCCUGCUGCCGUCUUGAUUCACACAGUGUGUGACGCACGCCCAGGAGCAGGGUGCAGUGCCACUCCACCUCCAACUCCAUGGCAACCCACUGUGAUUCUUCUGAAUGAGAUACCCCGGUUCUGUAUUCCGUUAUCAUUAUUGCAUGCAACCCUUUGUGUGAUUUUAAAUCACAAAAUCAAGAGAUAGCCUCGCAGGAACGCUGAUGUAUCACAAACAUUCCAAUGCCAUCAAGAAGAAACCAACACCUCCUAUCACCCAUCAAACUCCUUCUCCCACUCCUCCUCCUACAUCCUUCUGCACAUGCCCAAAACACCACAAAACGCGGCAUAGCCUACGCCGGCAACCCCCACCGACCUGACAACAACCUCCUCCAAUCCCCCUCCUCCCCCCUCUCCUGGUACUACAACUGGUCCCCCUACCCAAACACCAAUCUCCUCUCCCCAUCAUCUCUCGAGUUCGUUCCCCUCAUCCACGGCCUCGACGGCGCCCAAGACCCCCAAACCCGCCGCCAAAUCAAUUCCCUCCCAGAGUCUUCCAAACACCUCCUGUCCUUCAACGAACCGGACGGCACGACUGACAGCGGCGGAUCAUCCAUCGAGCCCGAGGAUGCGGCGAGGGCUUAUAUAGAGCACAUUGUGCCCUACCGCUCCGGCCGCGCCCGCAAAUGGCUCAUCUCGCAUCCGUCGACGACAGGGUCCCCUAGAGGGUUGGACUGGCUACGUCGAUUCAACGAGAGCUGCUACGAGAUUGAUGCGGAGCAUGGAUGCCCGACUGAUUUCAUUGCCGCACACUGGUACGGUGCGUUCGACGGACUGGUGUCGUGGCUGCGGGCGUUGGAGGAGUUUUAUAAUGGGGAUAGGGAGGUUGAGGAAGGGAGGUUGAGGAUCUGGGUGACGGAGUUGGCGUUGCCGCAGGCGGAUGUGGAGGCUACGGUUGAGAUGAUGAAUGCGUCGUUGAGGUAUUUGGAUGAGUCGGAGUCUGUGGAGAGGUAUGCGUGGUUUGGGGGAUUUAGGACGGAUGACGCGAAUGAGUGGACGGGGGAUGCCGUGGCCCUGUUCGAUGGCGAUGGCGGCUUGACGCGGUUGGGGGCGUUGUACUUGGGUGGGGAGGGGAAUGGGUUUACAGAAGGGCAGAAGGGGGAAGGCGGUGCGAGGGCGUUAGCUCUGAAUAUGUGCUUGAUGGUGUUGUGUUUGGGAAUAUCAGUGAUUAUGUCUGGUUCUUAAGACGUAGCGACGCGUAUUUGUCCUACUUCAUUAGCAGCGUAGCGGACAUGAGCAUUUCGAACCAUUUUACAUUCUUACUGUCAACUUCGAAAAGUCGAUCGGUAUAGCAAAACAGAGA